UAUUGACAGUAACAAACGCCCACUCUUCCUUUCGCUUUUUUGAUGGUGUAGGCGCAUCGCGAUCAAUCCAUCCAGCACAACACAACCCCGACGACCGUCCAAUUCUGAAUGACCUUAUAGCCCUCGGUGGCGUUAUAAUGCAUCGUCAGGGCAUGGCCCGUAUUCGGCUGGAUGUACGCAUCAAACGCCGUAGCGUUGGGGAAAAGCACAUGUGCUUCACUUGGGAUGCUUGGACGGUUCGAUGACCCCGAUCCGCAAUCACCACCACAGAAAGGCUGGUCCGCGAUCCCGUCAAAUACUAAUACUGGGCCCGCAAACGAUGAAGUUGGCGGAAACCCCGUAAUGGUCAGAAGCUCUCCUGUAGUAACGGGUUGCUUGUUGCGCUCAGCCCAUAGCGCAAGGCCAAUAUCGUAGAAGCCUGGGUUGAGGAACACGUACUGUGAGGCUGUGAGGUCGGAUGCCACCAUGUAACCAGGGGGGUAAUCGAGCGUUGGCUCUUCCCUAUCAAUUCCGGUGACUAGAUUGGCGACUUCGGUGGUAUCAAUUAGGUACGUCAAUUCCGGGCCCGUGAACUCCAGGCCCAUCUUCCGCAGACUCCAGUCGAUAAGCUUGAGGCGCUCGGCAUUGCUUUUGUACUUUCUGUAGAAAUUUCGAGGCCCAGUGGAAUUUUGCUUUCCUAGCCGCAUUGGCUGAUUCAAGUACGUAGCGUGCAGAUUCCACGCUGCGACCGUUGUACCGAGGAAUUCGAGUCGUGGUGAAAACCCCGUGAGUACAAUGCCAUUUGUUUGGUGGGGAUACAAAGCCGAGAACCAAUACGUCAGAAUGGAACCGUAGGAGUGGCCGACAUGGAUAACUUUGUCGAACCUGCGACUGAUUCCUGGAACUCCGCCAUUUCGCAACUUUUCCGUUACGCCGCGCAGGACUUCGAUCUCGGGAAGAGACUGGACGGAAUCGAGUGGAUCACCGUGAGCAGAGUCACCAAUGCCGAAUCGGUCGAUGGCCAGAGUACUGUAACCCUUGGAAACGGCCUCCUUUACGUAGCUGUAUUCCCAGUUGUUAUAUGGAAUAUCCCAGUAUCUACCACACC